AUGACAAAGCUGGAUAACAAUGUUGCCGCAUUCCUCGGUGAUCCACGAUUUCCCACAAUCGCCAUGAACUCGCCCAGAGGCGCCAAGAUCCAUCUCUACCAAGACUUGUACAAACAAUACUCGCGUCUGCAGUUCUCUAGAAAUGAAGACAGACCAUUCGGUAUAGCUGGUCUUGAGAAGAGGCUCAUCCAAAGCUUCAAGACCCACGGCGGCUACGGUGUCUUUGACGAUGGCGGUGGAUUGCUACGACGCAGCCUUCUUUGGCAGAGAGGAUCUGAUUCAACUCUCGAUAGAAUCAUCUUCCCUGCCGAAAGGGACCUUGAAGUUCCUACAUGGUCGUGGAUGGCCUAUAAAGGAGGAAUCGACUAUCUAGAACCUCCGUUUGAUGGCGUGGACUGGGAGAAGAGCGAGAUCCAGUCGCCAUGGGCUAACAAGUCACCGGAUGGGUUCUAUCACACUUCGGACAAAAGCCUGGGCAUGAGCCUUAGCGCCAUUGCUCGUGAGUUUUCUCAGCUCGACAUCGACCACUCGGCGAGCAAGCUCAUCUUUGACAACCCGGCAAAAAGCGAUGGCCAAUUACCAAACGUCUAG